AUGACAGCGGGUGGUGAGCAUGCAGGACUCCACAAGCGCUGGCUAGAACGCAAACUGGAGGUGGAGGUCGGCAAGGUGCAAGCCAAGCUCCUCUCAAAGGGCCUUACGGUUCCAGUUCCGGAUCCCGAGUUGCUCGAGACCGAAGCCCGCCUCGCCCAGGCCCACCUGCCCAAGCUCUUUAUAGACCUGUACGGCCGAAACCCAAAUGGCACACUCAAACUUUCCCCGGACGCCAACAAACGCUCCGGCCCGGCGCAGCCCGCGACUCUCGUCCAAAAGCUGGACCGCUUGCUCAAUCCGGCGGUGCUAAGUCCGCUACCACUCGACGUCGCCGUCGCACAUGGGCUUCCGCUUUCCUGCUGCGACGCUGGGGACAGUGGGGCAGCGGGCAGCGGGGCUGCGGGGACCGGGCGGGGGGGUGGCGCCAUCAGCCCUGUUGCUGGCAUACGAGCCGGUACUGCCCAAGCAGCCGGCCCUAGCGGCCACCACCACCACCACACCGCCAAGCAGAGCAGUCACAGCAAUUCCCCACCCUGGGGUGGUGGCGUAGGGUGGGGCGGGGUGGGGCCGAUGGAGGCGCUGGGGGGCCCUAGGGUCAGUCGAAGUCCGCCCCAGGGUCAGGGUCAGCCCCAGCCGGCGGCGGGGGGGAGCUGCCGACCCGACCUGCAAGCGGCAGACCUGCGCAUCGACGACGCCGUGUCCGAGGUGCACCGGGUGGCGCUGCAGGCCAGUGAGAUGUGCCCUCGGGAGCGGGUGCUGUACCUGGCGCGGCAGGCCAACCCAAACUUCUCUUUGCCGCAUCCGCGCACCACCACCACCACCACCACCACCAUGCAGCAGCAGCAGCAGCUGACGACGAACGGCCUCGGCGGGCCAAAGAGCCGACGGGACCUCUACAAGAAGAGCUUCGUCAAGCGAGGGGCCACCAACUUCACACCCGAUCCAACGGCGGAUGGCGGCGGUGGCGGCGGCGGCGGUAACAGAGGCCACAAGCUGCAGGGUGGGGCAGUAUCCACACGCCGCGGCGGCGGAGGGAUGGCGGCGGCGCAGGACAGCCGCCACAGCCCCGAGGUCGCCGCCACGACACCCCUGGGGUCCGCGUCGCCUGGCGGCGGCUGCAGCGGCGGCGCGACUGGGGACGGAUCGCUGCCGCCGCUAGGGGCACGCUCUCGGCCCGGCACCUGCCCAAGCACCGCCCACGAAUGCAGCCCGGCGGCGGAGUACGACGCGGCGGCGUCCGCUGCCGCUGCAGCUGAGCUCGCAGAGGUUGUACGGAUGGAGGCCACCGAGGCUGCGGAAGCGCUUCCGCGCCUGACCCCCGCCACCCUGAGUCCGAUGACCGGCAGCAGCAGCGGCGAGAUGACGGCGGCGGCGGCGGGAGGCGGCGAGGAGCUGUACGGCCCAUCACCGCCGCCACCGCUGCCGAAACUCCCGCCCGUGCACUCGUUCGGCAGUUCGAGCACCGGGCUGAAGACCAACUCGUUGAUCGGCUUGUGGGGUGCGGCCGCAGCCGUUCACGCAGCGGCGGAAAUGGACGCCGCAAGAGCCGCAGCGGAGGCGCAGGAGCUGGCGGAGGCGGAAGCCGCGGAGGCGGAAGCAGAAGCGGCGGAAGCUGCAGCAGCUGCGGCGGAAGCCGCCCUGGAGGCUGAGGUGGCGGCGGAGGCGCAUGCUGCGGCCGGGUUGUUAUCACAGGUGGUGGCUACUGCGGGGUCGGACAGCGGCAGCAGAGGCGGCGACCGAGGCGGCUUGAGCGGGGCUGAGCACCAAGAUCUUUGUCUUCCCUUCUUGAGGGUGCAGUGUGGACACAUGCGUCGUCACGGGGCGGGGCGGGGCGCCUGCUGUGUACGGCCCCCCGACAGCGCUGCACCUCUGGUAGGCCGUCAGGUGGAAGACAACACCAACCUCAAGGCUGUACAGGGGUACUUCGCAUGA